AUGUCUGAGGAAGAAAAAGUGCAAGGGGAUUCCCCAGAACAGCCUGAGUUUGUUGAGACUCAAGAUGUUGAAGAAGUGGUCCAAGAUGAUGAUCAGCAGCAAACGAGUCCACAGCCGGGUGAAAAUAUUUCUGGAAACGAUGUCAAAAUGAAUGAAGAUGGAAAUAUAGAAAUAGAUAUGUCAAACAAUUCUAACGCAUACUUUGAUCAGCAUACUGAUUCAAUCUUUACAAUUGCCACGCACCCCACUUUACCGUUGGCUGUUAGUGGUGGUGGAGAUAACGUGGCUUAUUUAUGGACGACCCACACUUCACCUACUAGAUUGGCUGGAAAGUUGGAAGGUUACACGGAAUCGGUUAUCGCCUCGGAAUUCACCCCAGACGGUAAAUUUUUGGUGACUGGGGACAUGACAGGAAAAAUUCUUAUUCACAAGGCCACCAAACGAGGACAGGUUUGGGUUCCGUAUGGUGAAUUACAGCAAGUUGAAGAGAUUUCGUGGAUCACUAUGCAUCCAAAGGAAGAUAUUUUUGCCUUUGGAGCGACGGACGGCUCUGUGUGGGCAUAUCAGAUUGGUGCAAACAAGGAAAUCAGUUUGAUCUUUACAGGCUACUCGCACUCGUUGGACUGUACUGCUGGAGAGUUUUUCGAUGUUAAUAAUAAUUUUGGCGAGCUCAAGUUGGCUACUGCAUGUGAGGACGGUACAAUUAUUGGUUGGAAUUGCUACACUUCGAACCAACUUUUUCACAUUCACACGGCUGAACUUAAAGGUAUAACACCACCUUGGGUCACGCUGUCCGUGUAUUCAAAUACGGGAAAAAUUGCUGCAGUCGGUUCUAGAGAUUCGCACGUUGCCAUAGUAAACUUGGAAACAGGCACGGUCGUAAAAGUGAUAACUGCACUUACUCCAAAGGACACGGAUGAUGUGUUUGAUGCUUCUAUUGAAGGUCUCUCUUGGUGCAAGUCUCUUCCUCUUUUGGCACUCGGUCUUGUCUCGGGAGACGUUUUUAUAAUAGACACCAGAACAUGGCAGGUGAGGAAGAAGAUGAAGUGCCAGGAUGCAAUCACUAAAUUGACGUUUUUCAAAGACACGCCGUUUUUACUUGGUUCAUCAAUGGAAGGUAAAGUGUACAAGUGGGAUGCCAGAACUGGAUCUGUUAUCCAGAGUUAUACUGGCCACCAUAUGGGUGUCCUGGACUUUGCUAUUGAUUGUGCCGAUAGACUUGUCACCGCUGGAGAUGAUGGUGUUUCCUUGGUGUUCACAAUUUAG